UACUGUUUUCUUUUCAAACUCUUCUGAAUCUUCUUAUUUCCUCGAAUUGAUUGCUUCGUUUCCGUUGGAUCCGCAAGUUUUUCCCAUACUGGUCUUUGAAAAUUGUUUCUGGUUUCCUGGUUUUCACCGAUCUUUUGUCUUGUUUGAAACUGGUUCCGUGGAUUAAGCGGAAGAAAUCCCGGUGGAAAUGGUUCUAGUGUUUUUGUUCAACUCUGUAUUGCGUUUGGAGAGAACUUUGAACGUUUCAAACGUUUAUGGUCUUAUUGAUAAAGGUUAGGUUUUGGGGUGUCUGCGUUGGGUAUCAACGUCUUCAGAGUUCAGUCUUAUGAUAUUUCGGAUUAUGGAAAUAAGUACUAGUUUGCCAUAAGUACUGAAGAUUGAUUAGAUUUUGAGAUCUUAUGUUUCUUUAGAAGUGCAAACAUCCAAGAAUCACAAUCUUCUGGAAUAAUGGAAAGCAAAGGUUCUAAUGAGAAAAAUGCAGUGGUCCCCCCAACUUCUGAAAAUCCAGAGACGGAUACAGGUGAUCUUCAAAAAGAAGAGGAAUUACAGACUGAAAUGGAAUCUUCAAUAAUCACUGAGGAACAUUCCAAUUUAGGCAACAGGCAAGGAGGAGAAGGCUCAAAUGUUAAGGUUGAAGAAUCUAGAGGAUUGGAAUCCAAAAGUCAAGAAGAGAAAAAACAAUCUACCGGGGAGAUUCUAAACGAGAAAAAUGUGGUGGACUCUCCAACUUCUGAUAGGCCAAAGACGAAUACAGUUGAUCAUCAAGAAGAAGAGGAAUUACAGACUGAAAUAGAAGAGCCUUUAAAGGUCACCAUGAAACAUUCCAAUUUAGACAGCGCAGAAGGAGGAGAAGGUUCAGAUGUUAAAUUUGAGGAGUCUACAGUAUUGGAAUGUAAAACCCAAGAAGAGAAAAAACAGUCUUCUGAGGAGAUUUUAAGUGAGAAAAAUGUGGUGGUCCCUCCAACUUCUGAAAUUCCAGAGAUGGAUACAGUUGAUCUUCAAAAUGAAGAGGAAUUACAGGCUGAAAUGAAACCUUUAAAAAUCACAGAAAAACACUCCAAUUUAGACAACAAGGACAGAAUAGAAGGAUCAGAUGUCAAGAUUGGGGGGUCUAGAGGGUUGGAGUCUUUAAGUCAAGAAGAGAAAAAGCAGUCUGCUAAGGAGAUUCUAAUUGAGGAGAAAAAAAAAGAUCCUGUCUUUGAUGGAACUGAGAUCCCUGAGAAGGAAGUUACUAGGAAUUCAUCUGCAUGUGCCUCAAAUGUUGAUCCAGAGGAGAUACAGGGAUAUGCUUGGCCUGCUGUGACACUCAGGAACUUUGUUAAGGAGAAGAAAGUAAUUGGCGUCUCUACUUUUCUUAGUCAGCUUUUGAGAAAAAGAGAUGAAAGGGAACAAAAUCUUUCCUAUGACAAAGAUAAAAAUGAUGGCUCAGAUAGUAACAUGAAGGAAGAAGAGAAUUCUUCCUCAGAAGCCAAAGCAAAAGAAGUUUCUCAGAAAACGGAGGGACAAUCUUUAUGGAAUCCUUUAAGAUAUAUUAGGAUUGUACGGGAUCUUGAUACAGAGAACAAAAAUGAGGGAAGGAUAGAUGUACGUGUAGAAGAAUUGGCACAACCAUUAGCAAUGAGAGGGCGGAUUAUAUUGUAUACAAGGCUUGGUUGUCAGGAUUGUAGAGAAGUUAGGUUAUUGCUGCAUUCAAAAAGGCUAAGUUAUGUUGAGAUUAACAUUGAUAUCUAUCCAAGUCGAAAGCUGGAGCUAGAGAAAAAUACUGGUUCUAAUGCUGUUCCUAAGGUGUUCUUCAAUGAAGUCCUGGUGGGAGGGUUGUGUGAGCUUAGGACCAUGGAUGAGUCUGGAAAGCUUGAUGACCUUAUUACUCAAGAACCAUCAGAUGCAGCUCCUUUACCACCACUCUCUGGUGAAGAUGACAUGUCCAGUAGUGGGACAGUGGAUGAGUUGGCUAUUAUUGUUCAGAAAAUGAGAGAAACUGUUGUGGUUAAGGAUAGGUUUUAUAAGAUGCGAAGGUUCACCAACUGUUUUGUAGGGUCAGAGGCUAGUUGGAAAGAGAAGAGACAGGCUGUUGAGCUUGGACAAAAGCUGGCAAAUAAACAUUUCUUCCAGCAUGUUCUUGAAGAGAAUGUCUUUGAAGAUGGUAACCACUUGUAUCGGUUCCUGGAUCAUGAUCCCCUUGUGUUGUCUCAUUGUUACAAUAUUCCAAGGGGCAUACUUGACGCCAAACCCAAGCCCAUAGUUGAAAUUGCAUCAAGGUUGAGAUUUUUGUCCUAUGCAAUCUUUGAAGCUUACACAUCUGAAGAUGGAAAACAUAUUGAUUACAGAAGUAUCCAUGGCAGUGAGGAGUUUUCAAGGUAUUUGAGAAUUGUUGAGGAACUUCAGAGGGUGGAGUUGCAGGAUAUGUCAAGGGAGGAGAAACUUGCCUUUUUCAUAAAUCUCUAUAAUAUGAUGGCCAUCCAUGGAAUAUUAGUUUGGGGCUAUCCUUUAAGUGCACAGGAGCGGCGGAAAUUGUUUGGAGACUUCAAGUAUGUUAUUGGUGGAAGCACCUAUUCACUUUCAGUUAUUCAUAAUGGCAUCUUAAGGGGAAAUCAACGACCUCCAUAUAAUCUCAUAAGGCCAUUUGGUGUGAAAGAUAAACGUUCCAAGGUUGCCCUUCCAUAUGUAGAACCACUAAUUCAUUUUGCACUGGUCUAUGGAACACGAUCUGGGCCAUCUCUCCGAUGCUACUCACCUGGGAACAUUGACAAGGAGCUGAUGGAGGCAGCCCACAAUUUUCUAAGGAAUGGAGGGGUCAUAAUUGAUGCUGAAACAAAGGUGGCAUCACUCAAUAAGAUUCUUCGAUGGUAUAGUGUGGAUUUCGGUAAGAGUGAGGUAGAGAUACUGAAGCAUAUAUCCAACUACCUGGUGGCGGAGAAGUCUGAGUUAUUGCUGGAGCUGCUUGCUAAUGGUCAGUUGAAAGUGACAUAUCAGCCUUAUGACUGGGGCAUGAACUCUUAGCAUUAGCAUCAGCUUCCUUCAGUGUUGCUUUAAAAAUAUUGUGGAGUAACUGUCAACCAAAUGAAGAUAACUGCAGCUCCUGAAAAGAGGGAAGUUUUCAUACUUUGUGGUUACGCCAUCCUGUCUUUCUCCUUCCCCGCUACCAUUUGUGUGGUUUGGUGUUUGACUCUUUUAGUAUCUUCUCCACCUGAUCUAAUUUCCGGAGCAGCAUUUUUCCUUAACUCAAAUGGUAUUAACCAAAAUGAAUUAAUUAUAUAUACAUCCUGUAAAUACCAAACAUAUGAUGUUAGCACUUAGCAGAUGGACCUUGGCAUCCUAAAUUUAGUGAAUCAAUAUGAUAAAUUGGACAAAAUUAAUGUGAAAUUAGA